AUGUUUCUUAGGCAACGUUGGAUUCCUGUGUUUUUCCGCCUUGUGGCCAUCUCUCCGUUAGUGCGGGAGAAAUUUGUUCAAUGGUCUUUCUUCAGUUCACCAGAUCGUGCCACGGAGUUGUUGUUUGAAUGUCCCUAUGCCGAGGUGCGAUUUUUGUUUGGGGCGUUGAUUGUUUACAUCGCCCGAAUCAGCUCGUCGGAUCCGUGCCAGUCCGGUGCUGGUUGUAUACGUGCUCUACAGCGAGCGUGCCAAUCACAAGCGCCUUCAUCUCUAUCUUCCUCUCUAACGGAUCAGAAUGCCCAGGCCGCCCGAGCAGAAUCUGCUGCCAGUUUGUUGCGUGCUUUCAUUUGUACUAACUCGCCUAGUGAUCUGAAUACGCCGUCGUGUAGUCAACCGAAUCUAACGGAUUGUUUACUUCAAUUAGUACUGUAUCAAUUACGCUACUCACCGGCCGAGUGUCUACGACAGACCGGUUCGAAUGCGCCUGGUACAUCUACGGAUCCGAAAUCUUUUUCAUCUUCACAUAUGGAUUCAUUUAACGAUGUAGGCUACGGUUCCCCCGGGAAAGCCACUCCGGGCACAUCUUACUCAAAAUGUACUGGUCGGUUCAGUUCGCAUCAUCCUUUGGUAUGGAGUCAAUACUUCUCAAUAUUUCUGGACUAUGCCAACACGGAUGAAGUAGCACGGAAACGACUGUUAAAAUUAGGUGUCCCGGAAUUGUUUCUACGUUAUGCUUUCAACAAUCAAUCCACGCUUACUUCGACCACAUCCUCAUUUGGCGUAUCUUGGUUGGGCUCCACAACCGCGCCAUCAAGCACCGCACGUUCUGCGGAUACUGUUAGACAAAGUCUUGACCGAAUUCUGUACACCGUGUGGGAUGCUUGCCUACAGGCUGGACAACCGAUUGCAUCCACUGCCGAGGAGACAUACCAUCGGCUAUCAGCUAGCGCGAAUGCCGUUCUGUUAGCCUUGACAGCUAAUUCGAACAAUAUGUCAUCUUGCUGGGAUCUCUAUGUGGCCGGUUUGGGAUCUAAUACGGGUGGCGGAGUUGGAGCUGGUGGUUCCCCGUCUAAUGGGAAUGUUCAGUAUGCCGGUGUGGUGAAAUUAUGGAAAUUACUAUCUCUUCUCGUCCGAUCAUUAGAUGUUUCUUCACUUAUAAUCUCCUCUUCGACGGCACCUUCAUUAUCACCAUUGGUUUCUACCGCUCCGCAAACACCGCCGGAAUCAGAACCACCUGUUUCGGACACUGUUCCGGUGCCGAUCGCUUCGACGGAACUAGAUACGCAUCCAAUGGGUGAUACCGUAGGUGUUGUAACUGCACCAACCGAUCCAGUUGCACCGUCUUCGUCGUUGGACGGUACGCAUCCUACCGUUAUAGCAAUAGACAAACGCACGAGACAUGGGUAUGCUACAACUCACAAGAAUCCGUACGCAACCAGCUCAGUACCACUGUAUCCAAUCUCACAGGCAUUAGCGUCUUGUCUUGUACCCAAUUCCCCAUCUCGGUCUGCUUCCCAUGCGAUCCGAUCGUGGCUGAAUGCCUCCACACUAGAGCCGAUUUCAAGCAUGUUGAUGUCAGUCACUCAGUACACUAAAGUGGUCAAAUUGUUCAUGGAACUUAUCGUGAAAGAUGUGAAUGUGCAAUCCUUGUUUCAAACGGACGAAAAUUUGACUCGUUGGAUGCACCAGUGGAUUGAGGCAAUCAAGCACAGUUUACAGCCUAGUUCAAACAUAUCUCAAUCCUAUUGGUGCAUGUCUUCCGGUCGAUCGAAUCAGGCUCAGGACACUAUGAUGCUGGCCCAGCAAGUCUACAAAAUUCUCCCAAUGACGGAUGACAUAGCCCCGGGUGUCAGUUCUGGUGAAAGCGAGGGUUUAGAGGAAGAUGAUGCUGACAGAUACCAGUCGGAGGAUGGAUCACAUUACGAAGAUCCCAUGGAACAUGAGGUGGAUGUUAAUUCCACGGGCCAGCGUGUGUUCUUCUCCGAUUCGUUACAAAUGCUGAAUUAUGAGCCGUUCCAAGUAUAUCUGCGUUCUCAGUUCUCCGAGGAAAAUGCACCUCCAGCUCCUGAUCCGAUUGCGCUCGAAACCACCAAUGGUGAACUCCUUGUUACCUUAAACAAAUUGGGUGAUGUUUCAUCGGAACCGGAAAAAGUUUCGCUACAUGGAGAUCAUGGUGGUGAUGCUUUGGAUCACCCAUUCGUUCCCGAACCCGAAUCGUCGUCAGCUGUGCCUGAACAAUCAGAGCAACAAGUAAAUAUUGUUCAUCGUCCAACUCGUCCAGCAGGGUCUGACCGACCACCGUUUUAG